AUGGCGUUCUACGAAGGAUUUGAAACGCUGCAGAUCGACACCAGCGGCGGCGCAACCAUCAACCUGGUCAAGGGCGGGGACGGCCCGCCGCUGCUGCUGCUCCACGGCUAUCCGCAGUCCCACAUGAUGUGGCACAAGAUCGCCCCCAGGCUGGCCGAGGACUUCACCGUGGUGGUGCCGGACCUGCGCGGCUACGGCGACAGCAGCAAGGUUCACGGCGACCCCGAGCACCUCAACUACUCCAAGCGGGCCAUGGCCCAGGACCAGGUGGACGUCAUGGCGCACCUGGGCUUCGACAGGUUCAAGCUGGUGGGACACGACCGCGGCGCCCGGGUCUCGCACCGGCUGACCAAGGACCACCAGGAGCGGGUGGAACGCCUGAUGGUGCUGGACAUCAUCCCCACGCGCAGGAUGUUCCAGAUCGUGAACAAGGAGAUGGCGACCAACACCUACCACUGGUUCUUCCUGAUCCAGCCCUACGACUUCCCGGAGCGGGUCAUCGGCGCCGACCCGGACUACUUCCUGCGCCGCUCCUUCCGCCGUAACCCCGACGCUGAGGGCGCCUUCCCGCCCGAGGUGGUGGACGAGUACGCCCGGUGCUUCAGCGACCCGGGCACCAUCCACGCCACCUGCGAGGACUACCGGGCCGGCGCCAGCAUCGACCUGGUGCACGACGAUGCCGAUUUCGAUAACAAGAUCACAUGCCCGAUGUUCGCCCUCUGGAGCUCCACGGGCUACGUGGGACGGACGCAGGACGUGCUGGCUGUCUGGAACGAGUACGCCACCAACGUGCGCGGCCAGUCCCUCCCCUGCGGCCACUACAUCCCCGAGGAAAUGCCCGACGAGAGCUACGGCAUCAUCAAGUCCUUCCUGCAGGAGUAG